UCGGCAGCAGCGCGCGGGUCGGACCGCGUCCGGCGUUCCGGGUUCGGCGCUGUAGGCCAGGCGGUGCACCGCUCCCCGCCGCGAUCAGGCGGCGCGCAGUGUCUGCGGCCCGCCUGUGCGCCGCGCAGUGCAGUGUCUGCCGGGGUGGUGUGUCCCAGGGCCGCGAGCGCCUGCCCCCUCCCUCCCCUCCCCCUUGGCCCGCUCUCAGACUCAGAUAAAGCAUUUCCUUCCAUUGUCAUCCUACCCGGCCGGCCGGGCUGCCAGGGCCCUCCCCCUCCCGGCCCCCUCCCUUCCUCUCGCCGUCUCUCAGUCGCUCUGCAGCCUCCGGCGACUGGGGGGAUGUGAGGCCGGCGCCCCAGCCCCCCGCUCCGCCAUGAGCCCCCCGCUCUGAGGGCCCCGGUCCCUGGAUGCACAGCCCCAGCGCUGGCUGCCCCACGCCCCGUGCAGACACGCCAAGCCCUCAGCUCCAGCCCAUGGACCUGCGGGUGGGCCAGCGGCCCGCAGUGGAGCCCCAGCCAGAGCCCACACUGCUGGCCUUGCAGCAUCCUCAGCGCCUUCAUCGCCACCUCUUCCUAGCAGGCCUGCAGCAACAGCAGCAGCAGCAGCAGCAACAGCAGCAGCAGCAGCAGCAGCAGCGCACAGCCGAGCCCAUGAGGCUCUCAAUGGACCCACCGAUGAUGCCCGAAUUGCAGGGGGCACAGCAGGAGCAAGAGUUGCGGCAGCUUCUCAAUAAGGACAAGAGCAAGCGAAGUGCUGUAGCCAGCAGCGUGGUCAAGCAGAAAUUGGCAGAAGUGAUCCUGAAGAAACAGCAAGCAGCCCUGGAGAGAACAGUCCAUCCCAAUAGCCCCAGCAUUCCCUACAGAACCCUUGAACCAUUGGAUACAGAAGGAGCUGCCCGCUCCAUGCUCAGCAGCUUUUUGCCUCCUGUUCCCAGCCUGCCCAGUGACCCCCCAGAACACUUCCCCCUGCGUAAGACAGUCUCUGAGCCCAACCUGAAACUACGCUACAAACCUAAGAAGUCCCUGGAGCGGAGGAAGAACCCACUGCUUAGAAAAGAGAGUGCGCCGCCGAGUCUCCGGCGCCGGCCGGCAGAGACCUUCGGAGACUCCUCCCCUAGUAGUAGCAGCACGCCUGCGUCAGGGUGCAGCUCCCCCAAUGACAGCGAGCAUGGCCCCAACCCUGUCUUGGGCUCGGAGGCGCUCUUGGGCCAGAGGCUGCGGCUGCAGGAGACUUCUCUGGCCCCGUUCGCCUUGCCGACAGUGUCCUUGCUGCCCACAAUCACGUUGGGGCUGCCCGCCCCUGCCAGGGGUGAUGGUGACCGCAGGACCCAUCCAGCUCUGGGCCCUCGUCCAGUCCUGGGGAGCCCCCAUGCUCCCCUCUUCCUGCCCCACGGUCUGGAGCCGGAGGCUGGGGGCACCUUGCCCUCUCGCCUGCAGCCCAUUCUCCUUCUGGAUCCCUCAGUCUCUCACACCCCUCUGCUGACUGUGCCCGGGCUUGGGCCCUUGCCCUUCCACUUAGCCCAGUCCCUACUGACCACCGAGCGGCUCUCUGGGUCAGGCCUCCAUUGGCCUCUGAGCUGGACCCGCUCAGAGCCCCUGCCCCCCAGUGCCACUGCUUCCCCAUUGCUGGGCCCCCUGCAGACCCGCCCGGAGCGGCUCAAACCUCACAUCCAGCUGAUCAAGCCAGCCAUCUCACCUCCCCAGAGACCAGCCAAGAUGAGUGAGAAGCCCCGACUGCAACAGAUACCCUCAGCUGAGGACCUAGAGACCGAUGGCCGGGGAGUAGGGCAGGUGGUGGAUGAUGUCCUGGAACACAGGGAGUCAAGCCAUGGGCAGCCUGAAGCCAGAGGCCCCGUUUCUCUCCCACAGCACCAGCAGAUGUUGCUCUGGGAACAGCAGCGUCUGGCCGGGCGGCUUUCCCGGGGAAGCAUCGGGGACUCUGUGCUGCUUCCUCUGGCCCAGGGCAGACACCGGCCCUUGUCCAGGACUCAGUCUUCCCCAGCUGCACCUGCCUCUCUACCGACCCCAGAGCCCACCUGCCAGGCCCGAGUCCUCACCAAUCCAGAGGCACCCCCCAGGACCCUGCCCUUCACCACAGGGCUGGUCUAUGACUCAGUCAUGCUGAAGCAUCAGUGCUCCUGUGGAGACAACAGCAGGCACCCUGAGCACGCUGGCCGCAUCCAGAGCAUCUGGUCCCGGCUGCAGGAGCGAGGCCUCCGGAGCCAGUGUGAGUGUCUCCGGGGCCGGAAGGCCUCCUUGGAGGAACUGCAGUCAGUCCACUCUGAGCGACAUGUGCUCCUCUAUGGCACCAACCCACUCAGCCGCCUCAAACUGGACAAUGGAAAGCUAGAAGGGCUCCUGGCACAGCGGAUGUUUGUGAUGCUGCCCUGUGGUGGGGUUGGGGUGGAUACUGACACCAUCUGGAACGAGCUGCAUUCCUCCAAUGCAGCCCGCUGGGCCUCUGGCAGCGUCACUGACCUCGCCUUCAAAGUGGCUUCCCGUGAGCUAAAGAAUGGUUUUGCUGUGGUGCGGCCCCCAGGACACCAUGCAGAUCAUUCCACAGCUAUGGGCUUCUGCUUCUUCAACUCAGUGGCUAUAGCCUGCCGGCAGCUGCAACAACAGGGCAAGGCCAGCAAGAUUCUCAUUGUAGACUGGGAUGUUCACCAUGGCAAUGGCACCCAGAAAACCUUCUAUCAGGAUCCCAGUGUACUCUACAUCUCCCUGCAUCGCCACGAUGACGGCAACUUCUUCCCAGGCAGUGGGGCUGUAGAAGAGGUGGGGGCUGGCAGUGGUGAGGGCUUCAAUGUCAACGUGGCCUGGGCUGGAGGCCUGGAACCCCCCAUAGGGGAUCCUGAGUACCUGGCUGCCUUCAGGAUAGUCGUGAUGCCCAUCGCCCGUGAGUUCUCUCCAGACCUGGUCCUGGUGUCUGCUGGGUUUGAUGCUGCUGAGGGUCACCCAGCUCCACUGGGUGGCUAUCAUGUUUCUGCCAAAUGUUUUGGGUACAUGACGCAGCAACUGAUGAACCUGGCAGGAGGUGCAGUGGUGCUGGCCUUGGAGGGUGGCCAUGACCUCACAGCCAUCUGUGACGCCUCUGAGGCCUGUGUGGCUGCUCUUCUAGGCAACAAGGUGGAUCCCCUUUCAGAAGAAGGCUGGAAACAGAAACCCAACCUUAAUGCAAUCCGCUCUCUGGAAGCCGUGAUCCGGGUGCACAGUAAAUAUUGGGGCUGCAUGCAGCGCCUGGCCUCCUGUCCAGACUCCUGGGUGCCCAGAGUGCCAGGGGCCGAUGCAGAAGAAGUAGAAGCUGUGACUGCGCUGGCGUCCCUCUCUGUGGGCCUCCUCACGGAGGAGAGGCCCUCAGAACAGCUGGUGGAAGAGGAAGAACCUAUGAAUCUCUAAGACUUUGGAACACAUCCGCUCACCCAUUCUACCCUUCGGACAUGGCUCUCCUAACUUCUGCCACCAGCCCUAUUCCUGGGUCUUCUUAGAUCCUGUGCACAGAUUGUUGGGGCCAGAGAACAGCCUGCCUUGACAGUUACAGCAUGGGUGCUUGAGAAGGCCUGAGGCUUGAGAAGAUCAAGGCUUGAGAACUGCCUUGACGAUUACUGCAUGGGGACCAGAGAAGACCCUAAAAGCAGACAGGCUGUGCACCAGGCCCUAGCAGGGCUCUUAUGAAUGGAGUCUAACCCUCCUGUGUCUGGGCCCUCAGCUGUGGCCUCCAUGCCUCAGGACUGCACAGAGGAGGACUGGCAUAAGUGGGCCUGCCCUUAACCACUAUUCUUGGCUCUCCAGACCCCAGACUUUGCACACAGUCCCAGGCUCCAUGCAGAAAUGUGAACUUGACCUCAGCUAGGGUGGCCCUUCCUAGGUUCUGUGGGCUGGAGGUGGGUGGCAAGGAGGCCCCUAUCUUUGAGUGCAAAGGGAGUUCUGUCUCUCACCUACUUCCUCCAGUGCCUCUGGAAGCUUUCCUGCACCACUGGGCACUGAAAGCUCCUCUGAAAACUCUCUUGAGAGAAGUCACCUGCAGACCUCCCAUUUGGUCACUGUCCCUGCCAGAGGCCACCCUAUACCAACCAUCUCAGUGCCCUGGUGGAGUAGACAGGUGCUGUCAGAGCCCUGUGCUUCCUGAUCCAAUGGUGCCAAACUUUCAUCUCCCCUCAGAAGCACAACACAACCCCCAGGGAUCCCUCAGUCACUGCCCUCCUUCAUGAGCCUAUUUCUGGGGUCUCUCCUGCCCCAGCUCUGACUUCUGCCCCAUGUAGAACUGGCUUGGCUGAGGGGGAAGAGGGCAGGAGACUAGACACAGACUGCCCUGGCAAAAUCUUCAAGGCUUUUGGGAUCCCUGCCUGGGGCCAAGAAGGAAGUAUUUGUGUAUGUGUGAGUGUGUGUGUGUGUAUGUGUGAGUGUGUGUGUGUGUGUGUGUGUGUUUGCGCGCACGCAUGCACGCAUGCGUGUGCAUGCAUGUCUUCCCCGGGACCCACCAUACCUUGUGUAUGUCUGCAUGUUUUUGUAAAAAAGAAAAAAAAAAAAA